AUGUUUGAGUUGGCCUUCAUCGCACCAUCUGUUACUGAAACGCCAAAGUAUCUGGGCAAAUCGCUCACAGUGUAUUACAAGCACCAUAUCGGUGCUUACUCCGGUGUCGGUACAAUAUUCAAAGAGGCACGCGGACUCUUGCCUGCAGGAGCGACGACUUUCGGCAUUUUCUACGAUAACCCGAGAGUGAGAAUUACUAUGAGGUUUUUUAUGAAAGAUGCUCGCCAAGGUCUUCCAAAUGUUGACAGAAAUUUCACGGCGCCCUGCCCAUUUGACUGA